AUGUCGAAACGAGACCGAACUGAAGACGGGGAUGAUAGGCCGCCAAAACGAACACGCCAAGAACACCAACCGCCCAAAGUCGAAGAGAUCCAUUUCGCGCGACAGCUUCAGGAUCUUCUCGUCUUCCGUCAAGAUGGCAUCCAGCAACUCCGCAGCGGUAUCGCUUCCUUCAAGGCUUUCCUGGAGAGCAUCUUGUACCAUAGGGAGGAAGAUAAUCGCGGGCGACAGGUGUCCAUCCUGCGAGAGUACCUGGAGACUCAAAAGCCGGCCGACAUCAAGGAUCUAGACCGCCCGUUUCUCUCGCAGCUCUGGCAGGCGUGGUCUUUUGCGAAUCAGAACAACAAUGACUACCUGGCUUCUUCGAUCAGUGCAGUGUUGGCACUACUGCUAAAGACGAUGUCUGGGAUUCUGGAUUUGCGAGAGCAGGGACUUUUGCUGUGUCGUACUGUCAUCCAGCAUCAACACCUGCGCCUGGUAAAGCGCUGUCUUGAUGCGCCGAAGCAUAAGGACUUUGUGAUCUCGCCUUGUUUAAGAUUGUUGACGGAGGUGGCGAGUUUUGAUGGAGGGUCUCUGGCGACUGAACUGUACAAACGCCGAGAGCAGACUUUUGACGUCGGUGCGCUGCGCCGGUUGCUAGGCGCUGUGAAGACUGAAAUCUCAGAAGAUGAAGCCAAGAGAAAGCCUGCUUUGCGAACGCUCACUUUGAGAUACAUUCUCUCACUCUUCAAGUACUUGCACGAAGGCGGCAAAAUCGACGUUCUCAAAAGCAAGCCACUCUGCAAUGCACUAUUCCAUCAUCUAGACGAGGACCCUGCCGAUUUGGUCGUUGAACUUCUCACUACAGUCGAGCAGAACCUCUUGAAAGACUCAGAGCUUCCACGCUCUGCGAAGGCAGCUAUAUUGACGUCUCAAAAUCUGGAGAAAGUCACAAUCAUAUCAUCAAAUGAGCAUGCAGCAUCAGACAAGGCAUUUGCUUGGCUGAAGGCAGUGUGCCAGACUCCAGACUACGGUAUACUGAGACCCAGCGGCUGGUAUCCACCCGGUACGACCAAGACAGAGCAGCACUUGGCCAACAACUACAUCGAUCUCGGACUGGAUAGCUUGGAGUUCUACGAUCGAGAUGAAUCCAUCAACAUCAGGAAUACGACUCUCUUAUCGUGGACUCUGACUCUGCGAGCACAUUCGGUCGAGCGGGAGCGUGAACUUCUCUUAAUCUGCUUCACGUCGGCGCCUGAGCUUGUUGCCGCCUACUUCUCGGAGAAGGGCAUGCAGCUUGAUCCGAAGCUCUCCAAUACCUGGAUCGGAUAUGCCUCGUUAUUGUUCGAGGUCGUGGCGCUUGACAUCAAAACGCACUUCGGUGGUACCGAAGAGACCAUCGCUCUACCGCCUCAAACCACCAUUAUGAUUGAAAGUAUCCUGCCUCGACCUCUGGGGCAAAAGAUCCUAACUCGCUGUCUGAACCAGAGCAGUGAGCUGAUCACCUUCUUUGCGUUGCGGAUAUUGGUCAUCGCACUUCAGAAGCUCCGGACGGUGCUGAGGCAACUGAGUGUGGAGGGUAGUUCGAGCUUGUGGGAUGAAGCGAAAGAGAGACUGACACAGCGAUUCAUUGAUCGUGGUCCAGCGAUCAAGGAUGCCAUCAGUACUUUCCGGAAGAUACCAGAUGACGCUGAGCAUGCGCUUCAGAGAGAGGCCUCGACAAGAGUACUGGCUCUCUAUUACGAAGUCAUACCGCUGCAAGCGAUGGAAGAGCCAUUCGACGUAUCGAUUCCACUCACAGCGGCACUUGCCCGUAGCGAGUCACAGAAGGAUCAGACUAACGAAGUUGAGACAUUGAGGCAGCUCGAACUUCAGCAUUUGCUCACAGUUGCAAGAUACAGCGCGGGGAUGAAGUGGUUCGCGAAGCAAGGUGGACUUGCCUACUCACCCAUUGUGAGCUUGCUUCGAAUCGCUCGAAAGGAUCUGCAGAGCAGGUACAUGAGAACUCUCAUCGGAAAGGUGCUCACUGAGAAUGGCAUUCUCAACACUCGACGAGAAGACGAGGAUCGGAAUGCUGUCGAUGCACUCCUUGGAAGCGUCCUGCAUUUACAAGACGCCAGUCCUGUGUGGGAGUUCCUAGAUGAUUGUAUUGCCAGAGCGGGACGUCAGCCCGUGAAGUACGUGGACACCCUGAAGUCGCUAAAGACAUCAUCAAAGGACGAUGAAUCGCCUCUACCCAGUGUGUUUGCUGGUGUGUUGUUAGAGCAGGCUUCUUUUGUGGCAGCUCAAAAGGACGAGGACAGCAAGGCGAAGGCUUCAUGGACCUUGCUCCUCCUAGGUCUAUUGGAUCACACCUCAGAUUCUGGUAAGCCUCUUCAGCGCUUGACGAAGGCUGUGUCGAAGGUGCUAGCACUGAAACCUAAGCAAAAACAACAUGACGCUACAGCGAUUUUCGAGCAAAUACCGCAAGGCACAGCAGAUGAUCAAGAAACUCAAGUGCUUGAUCAGCGGCCGUCUCAGAAGCCAGGACGAAGCGGUCAUCAAUGGAGCUUCACUCCACCACCACAGGAGCCUUCCAGCCAUCCCGAGCUAACUCGUUGGAGCCAGAAAGAUAUCGACGUGGCAAUCGAAGACGGAGAUAUCGAUGCUCUCAUCUUGUGCCUGUGCUCUACGCACGGCGACAUACGGAAGCAAGGAUUGACGCAACUCAACAGACUCAAGCUCCAGCUCCGCACUGCAACAUACGAGAAUGCCUCCCAGAUCUCCUUGCUCAUCGGAGAGUUGACAGAGACCUUCGAAUUCCGGCACGGAGGGGGAGACUCAGCCCUGCCGUAUGUCGCAGGUACUUUUGCCGUUCGUGCGCUGCAGGUCCUGAUACAGCCGCAUCAUUUCAUCUACCCCAAAGUCAAUCGAUUCCUCAUUCGCGGGCCGGAAUGGCGGGUCAACAGACUGCCAGGCUACUGGCUUUCGAACACCGUGCUGGGCUUGCCAGAAGAAGACGACGCCCAUUGGCGGGAGACGCAAUGGGUUCUCGACUGGCUUGUCGAUGGACUGCGAUCACCGCCAGAUCUUGAUAUUUACAGACGAGGUGAUGUAUUUGAGAAGGUCAUGGCCCUGUGGUCGUCACCAGGAGCGGCGAGUCAUAAGAUGAUUCGCGAGAGGAUCUGUGAGUUGAUCUUCCGAGCCUGCCAUGUGGAAGGAGGCAGCGACACUCUAAUCACACGAGCUGCAGUUCUCAGCUGGCUGGGCAUGGUCACUGAAACGGACUCAGCAAUACCCGAUUCUCUGCGGGAGAUGGUCAUUGCCAAGGCUGAUCCCGCAGCAAGGCGGAGACAGUCGGGCUUCGAAAGCUCCGAAUGGACGAGCUGA